AUGAGUUUAUACUUAUUAGAAUGUUGGAAUUCGAUACCUGAUCAACGGCCAACUAUUGAAGAGAUUGUAUCUAAGCUUGAAAAUAUUAAUAUAGAUAAUGUAAUAUCUGUCGAUGAAGCUGAACUUGAAGAUGAUGGUGAUAAUAACAAACUAGUUACAACUAACAUUAUUCAAAAAUUAAUUAGUGAAAUUGAUGAUGAUUCUGAGGUUUAUCGUAGCUUAAAUGAAGCUUUAAGCUCAGCAUCAAAUGUUAAAACUUUAAGUACCAAAACUUCGAAUUCAACAUCAAAGAUCGAGGUAUUAAAUUCAGCAUCAAAUAUCGAAGCUCUAAAUUUUAAAUCAAAUGUUGAUGAAGCCUUAAAUGUUACAUCAAAUAUUGAUAAAGCUUUAAAUUCAACAUUAAAUAUUAAUAAAAAUUUUAUUACAAAUACCCGAUCCAAAAAUACUCGAAUAUAUAGAUAA